CACAAGAGAAGAAAACUCAUAGCAGUUAAAACUUUAGAAUGGACAGUUACUUCAGAGCAGCAGUCUCCGACUUAGACAAGCUACUUGAUGAAUUUGAACAAAGUACAGAUGAACCUGAAAACAGCAAAAACGCAAAUCCACAUGAUUCUAAGCACCAUUCACUUUCUUCAGAGUUAGAUUACCAAAAGCCAAAAGUUUUGAAACCAAAAGUGCAAGAAAAGGUUAGUUGUACUACAUCAGAUGAACUGUCAUUGUCUACCCAGACUGCAAAUGUGGCAAACCUUGAGCAACUGAACUCUGAACAGAAUGAGAAAAAUGUCACAGGGUUAGAUCUUCUUUCUAUGGUGGAUGGUGGUUCUUCAGAUAAAAACCAGUCUUCUUGCCUGGGACGAUACAGUAUACCUGUCUGUGACCUUGUCAGUGACACAGGUAAUUUGAGCCAUGCAAAAAAUAAUUUGGAGUGCAUUCAUAAUUUGCAGCCAGAUGACUCCCAAGGUAACCUUUCUCUCACUGGCUUUGAUUUAGCAUCAGUACCUGCCACUGCUACUAAUCUGUCUGCUAAUUCUAUUACUGAUUCUGGUAUGCCACAACAUAUUGAUGGAAAUACAGCACCGUGCAGCGCAGAAUGUAAUACAUCUGAAAAACAAGAUGAACUGGUACUAACUACAAGCAGCCCUGCUCAAGCAAAUAUGAUAGAAUCUGGAGAGGUUCAAGAAAAGACAGAAAUGUGGAAUGACAGUGAAGUAUCUGGCCAGACAGAACAGGUUAUAAUCCCAGCUUUAAUAACUCAAAUAUCUUCAACUAUACAUAGUUCCAAAGAUGAACUAACAUUUGAAAAACUGCCUUGUGAGCCAUUAGAGGAUGAAAAUAGUGCAAAGAAUCAAAUGACACAAGAGCAUAAUGGCAAACUGGCUACUUCAGAAGAGAAUAUGAUUGAAUCUUUAAUUUCUAACUUACCAAAGAUGUAUCAGUCAAGUGAAAACAGUUUGUUAUUAUCUAAAGAAGAGAAUUUAUGUGACUCAUCACUUCAAACUGAGAAUGUGCCAGGGUUAGAUCAAACCCAUAGCACUGCAGAAAAAUGUUGCAGUCCAGAACAGAAUACCAAUACAACUUUAAACAUGGUUUCAACACCAGAGAACUCUGAAGACAUACAGACAUCACUGUCCUGUCUUCCACUUGCUGUUUCUAUAUGUGGGUCAUUAGUUACAAAUGAUGACACUGAUGGAAGGACUGCUCAGGAUGAAGCAACAGCAGUCUUUAGUGAUAUAACUAUGCAAACAGAAAGUCAUAAAAAUGUCCUUUCUGAAGGAGAAUUGCCUUAUAGAACAGAACCACCUGAACAGGAUAAGAAUCAAAAGGAAACGAGACAGUGCUGGCCAGGAAUACAUUCUUAUACAGAUAGAGAGAAGGAAGGUUUUGAUAAAAUUAUUAGUGAAUGUCAGCCUUUCCAGCACCCAAACUCUGUUGCCACUUGCAGUUCUCCACCUGCAAAUACUGAAAAAUGCAGCAGUGUUCUGUCCACUGACAUUGAAGGCAGAAGUUUAGUUGAUCUAGCGAUAGAAGAAGACAUUAUUGGAGGUGAUAUACUAGUAAGUGAUGCUGAACUUGAUGCCUUUUUGUCUGAGCAUUGCCGUGAAACAGAGCAUUCAAAGCCCCUUAAAGAGGAUACUGAUGAUGGAUUAUUGCAAUCUGAUGUCAUUAAUGAUAAUUUAAUAGAUAUGGACAAAAUGAACAUUGGCAGCAAUAAUUUGCAAGCAGAAAUUUGCAAGAUAGAAGCUUGUACUGAUAACAACUAUAUAUUAUCCAGUUCUGAAUCUACUUUAGGUAUUUUGGCAGAAAAAAGUCCACAGUGGAAAAAUUUAAAGUGUGGACAAAAGAACACAAUGGAAAAAUGCAAAGAGACUGCAGAGCAUGUAAGUGAAACUGGAAGUGAAGUUUCAGACCAACAGAUGGCACACAGUGGAGGUGCAAGGCCAAAGCAGUUGUUAAACCAUCCACCAAAAGCUAACUUCAGUUCUGAGUUUAGUAGUCCAAAUACACUUGGGAAUGAAUCCCAGGUGUUAAAUUCCACAGUUCCAAAUACCUCUUUCUCAGAUGCUAAAAUUUGUCUUGAUUCAAGCAAUAGAUGUAACAAUACUGAUACACAAAGCUGCUUAGAAGACGAAGGAAGUAGUGUCUUAUCUGUGAUCUCAGAACCGGUUACAGCAGUAGAACAAGCUGUAGUCCUUGGGCAGAAGCAGCCAUCCUGGAUUCCUGACUCAGAAGCACCAAAUUGCAUGCAUUGUCAAGCCAAAUUUACAUUUACAAGAAGAAGACACCACUGUCGUGCUUGUGGAAAAGUCUUUUGUGCUUCAUGUUGCAAUCGAAAAUGCAAACUCCAGUAUUUGGAUAAAGAAGCAAGAGUCUGUAUAAGCUGUCAUGAGUCCAUUAACAAAGCACAGGCAUUGGAAAGAAUGAUGAGCCCAACUGGUCCUGUGCCUAAUUCUGCUGUCUCUGAAUAUCCAACUGUUCCACCUUUGCAGGCAGUCCAGACAUCUGGGGUCUGUCCCAAAGAACAGAGAAGAGUUUGGUUUGCUGAUGGUAUUUUGCCAAAUGGAGAAGUUGCAGACACAACAAAAUUGUCAUCUGGAGUCAGAAGAUCCUCACAGGAACCAUAUCCUGUUGAAAGUCCAACAAAUGACACACUCCGUGCAUCUGACAAAAUGCCAAAAGAUGAAACAUGUAUUGCUGGACGAACUGAGAUCUUGUGUUGUCCCACUUCAGUUCUUCCAGAAGAAGACAUAUUGCCCACUAAGGAAGAACCUGAACUGCCACAUGAUUUUGACAGUGUGAUUACAGCUGUUGCUGAACUUCCCACUGUUGUAGAACCACCAAAGCAUCUAGUUCCUGCCACAGUUAACGAAUCUAAUGAUGCACCUGUCAGUUCAUUAGAUUAUCAGAUGCUUUGUGGUAUUGAAAACUGUGUUAGCAAGGAAGUCAGCCUCAUUCCUGAGGGUAAUGGAUUGCCACCUCUUCUGCUUUCCAGAGGAGAAAAAGGCAAAGACUCAUUAGUGGAAGAACAUCCUUCUCAAGAGCAAGUCACCUCACUGCUUGAAGAAUCUAAUUCACUAACAUUCAUCCUAAAUGCAAACCUUCUUGUGAAUGUCAAGAUACUAUCUUAUUGUUCAGAAAGAUGCUGGUACUUCUCAACCAAUGGACUACAUGGCUUAGGACAGGCAGAAAUUAUUAUACUACUGCUUUGUUUGCCAAAUGAAGAUGAUGUUCCUAAAGAAAUCUUCAAAUUAUUUAUCAAAAUAUAUAAGGAUGCCGUGAAAGGAAAAUUCAUAGGAAAUUUGGAAAACAUUACAUUCACCGAAGACUUUCUUGGAAGCAAGGAACAUGGCGGAGUUCUGUUUGUUACACCAACUUUUCAGAAAAUGGAUGAUCUCAUAUUACCAAAAAAUCCUUUUUUAUGUGGCAUUCUUAUUCAGAAACAGGAGGUACCUUGGGCAAAGGUUUUCCCAAUUCGCUUGAUGUUGAGAUUGGGAGCAGAAUAUGGGGUAUACCCAACUCCUUUAACAAGUAUAAGACAUAGAAAGGCUCUGUUUGGAGAGAUAGGACACACACUCAUGAAUUUACUUGUUGAUCUUAGAAAUUAUCAGUAUACAUUGCUUACAGUUGAUCAUUUAUUUAUCCAUAUGGAAAUGGGUAGGAGCUGUAUUAAAAUACCUCUUCAGCGAUAUAAUGAGGUGAUCAAAGUGAUGAAUACUUCUAAUGAGCAUGUUAUUAGCAUUGGAGCAAGUUUUAGUUCUGAGGCAGAUUCACACUUAGUUUGUGUACAGAAUGAUGAAGGAGUCUAUCAGACACAAGCAAACAGUGCUACUGGACAGCCUAGGAAAAUUACAGGUGCAAGCUUUGUUGUGUUCAAUGGAUCCCUAAAAACAUCUUCAGGAUUCCUUGCUAAAUCUAGUAUUGUUGAAGAUGGAAUAAUGGUACAGAUUACACCAGAGACAAUGAAUAGCUUGCGUCAAGCUUUAAGGGAAAAAAAGGACUUCAGGAUUAUAUGUGGCAAAGUGGAUUCGGGAGAUUUGAGAGAAUAUGUAGACAUUUGUUGGAUAGAAGAUAAAGAAAAAAUAAAUGUGAGUGUUGUAAGCCCAAUAGAUGGAAAACCCAUGGAAGGAGUUCAGAGUGAAAAAAUAAUUCAAGAAGAAUAUUUUGAAAUGGAUGGAAAACUUAUAAAGUGCACAGAAGUAUUCUAUCUCUUGAAGGCCAAUGACCUGUACAGUCAUGCUCAUCAGUUUGCUAAAGAAAUUGCAUUGGCUUCUUGUACUGCCCUACGUCAGCAUCUCAAAACACUGAAAAGUAGUGGAAUGAACAAGAUAGGACUUAGAGUCUCCAUGGAUACUGACAUGGUGGAAUACCAAGCUGGAUCAGGAGGAAGCUUCUUCUCCAGCAUUACCUAAAUGAUCUGGA